AUGGAACUGAACAAGAUUAUCUAUGUCCUGCAGCAGAAGUUUUAUGACAACCCAGAACUCCGAGAGGAAAACCAGAUAUGGCUCAGAACCUUUGACUCGCAAAGUAGGGCCAGGACAGACAGCUGCAUUGCAAUGGGAGGGAUUUUCAAGGCCAUUAGCAAGAUGAUCGAUUUCCUCCGAACAAUUGUCACCCCUAACGAGGAGCCAUAUGCACACGACGAGCUUAAGAAGGUGCAUGGAAUCAUCAAGUCCAUGAGCAGUGGAAACUUCAACUAUCUACUUUACCUUCUUUGCACAGUUGGCAACAUCAUGCUCCAUCUGGCUAAUCCGAGAUUCCAGAAUGAGUCCAGUAGCCUUGCCACAAACAAACAGUAA